UUAUUUGAAUGCUGUUGCCUGGCGGUGCGUGGUUGAUUGGGUCCGAUUUGCUUUAACCCUUUUAAGUCCGAGUCCGGUGAAUGUGAAAACAUCGCGGUGUUUACUCAAAUCCGACUUAUUUCUCAGUCCAAUACUUAUUGUCCGGGAAUAUAUAAGCUGCAAUCCAUUAGUGACACUGAACCCCUUAAUAGACAACGGUUGUGCAAUCGAGAGAAGUGUGAUAUUUAAAGUAGGCAACAAAAAUGUUAUGGUCUCCGUCAGUUCUAGUGCCAGUUAUAGCUGUUGCCGCCUGUCUGCCCGCCCUGGCAAUAGGAACUUCUCUGGAAUGGGAGUUUGCCGUCACAUUGAAGUCGAAAAUUCUGUUUUUAGAUGAAUUUUGGCGCUCUUUGGCAUCGGCGGCGCACGAGUUCGAUGAACUCUCAGCCAUGACCUUUGACGAAACGGAGGAACUCAUCUACUUCCAUGAUCGGGUGCACCAGAACAGCAGCAUAUUCUCGCUGCGACGAGACGCCCUGAUGGCCUCCCACAUAGCCGAGCAGGCGGUGCAGCGAACGGGGAAUGAAUCGGUGGGAGGAUUGGCCUACGAUCCGCUCAAUCGGAACCUCUUCUGGUCGGACACGCUGCAGCGGAAGAUCUACUUUGCCUCAAUCGAUAGUCAAGUGACGGCGGAGCCCAAGGUGCUGGUGGAUCUCAGCCACGAAGGUGCACGGCCCGAUGGCGUGGCCGUCGAUGUGUGCCGCAGGAAGCUCUAUUGGACGAACUCCAACAUCACGCAUCCCACGGUGGAGAGCAUCGAUUUGGCGGGCACCAACCGCCAGGUGAUCAUCGACACGGACAUCGAUAUGCCGCGUGGAAUUGUCGUGGAUCAGCUGUCGGAUCGCAUCUUCUGGAUCGAUGACCUGAAGGGCGUGUUCUUUGCACUGAAAAGUGCACGUCUCGAUGGCUCCGAUCGGCAGUUGGUGCUGCACGACAAGCACCACGAGCCGCAGAACCUUGCGGUGACCAAUGAUGCCAUCUACUGGACGGACAAGACCACCAAGGCGGUCUGGAGUCAUCCCAAGGUGCCCAUUGUCAAGGCCACCACCACCACCAUGAGUCCGGCUAAGCCAGAGGAAGAUGAUACGGCAACGGAGACCAUCGCAGACAUCGAACCAGAGCCCGUGGCAGAGGUGUCCGCACUCGUUCGUGUGGCCAAUCUCAGCGAGGAGGCAUGUGGCAUUGUGGCACGCACAGGAUUCUAUCAGCGACUGCAGAAGGAUGCACAUUGCGCGAAUGUGGUGCGCAAGGUUAAGGAGCGACUGGAUCAGAUGGCCAAGAAGAAGCAAAUGCGCAGCCUGGUGGACGAGAAGGUGGCCCAACUGGAGCGCGAUCAUUGCCUGAACGGCGGCACCUACAUUGCCGAUCGCGUGCUGUGCAUCUGCCCGACGGGCUACAAGGGUUCGCGCUGCGAGAUACGCGAGUGUCACAACUUUUGUGUGCACGGCACCUGCGAGAUCAGCGAUCGAGCGUAUCCCAAGUGCUACUGCCAGCCGGGAUUCACGGGCGAGCGUUGCGAGAUCAGCAAGUGCUCGGGAUUGUGCCUUAACGGUGGCCACUGCAAGCUGGAGGAUGUCUCUGAGAAGCCCAGCUGCGAGUGCCCCCACAACUUUGCGGGCGAACGUUGCGAGCAGAACUCCACGGAGAUCUGUGCGUUGUUCUGUCGCCUGCUGAAGCAUGAGUCGGACAUCUAUGUGCCCUUUGGCUGCCACGAUAUCUGCGAGGAACUGGCCAAGGAUGCAAGCGAUAAGAUCGCCAUACCGCAGUAUCAGCAUCUGGAGGUGUGCAUGACACCCAGUCCUUGGACCAGCAAUGUGAUCAUUGUCCUGGUUGUGGGCAUCGUGUCGUGCUUCUUCCUGGUGGCCAUCAUAGUCCAUGGCUUCCGUCGCUUGUACAAACCAAAGAGGCCACGCAUCAGGAAGACAUUUGUGGUGCGUAAGCAGGCGCGCACGAACUCCGCUGGCGACACACCGCUAACCAAUCGCCCGCUGGCCACCGAGCAGUGCGAGAUUACGAUAGAGAAUUGCUGCAACAUGAACAUCUGCGAGACGCCCUGUUUCGAUCCCAAGCUGGUGGAGCAGACACUAGCCAAGUCCUCCAAUUGCAAGGAGGACAAGAAGAUACUUAUUCAAAACAUGGACGAUGAUCUGUACUAAAAAGGAGGGAGUCGGCACUGCCGCUCCAGCAAAAACUGAACCUUGUGAUAGUCGUUGUCGAGUGCGGUGAUUGGUAUUCGAGCUUAAAAAAAGCUGCUGCCCGCCCGGCUCUCGGCCCCGUUUGCCCGCAAGGUGCACACACCAUUCAGAGAACACCAGGGAACUGGUGGGAACACUUAACACUCGCCGAAACCAUUUACUUAAACCGAAAGCAACAUGUGUACUUAGCAGAACUACCGCUAUAAAGCAUUAAAGCGGUAAAGCUUUGGUCUCUCGUUAAUUUAUUUUAGUGAAUCAUUUUUCAUUCUAGGGUUUUAUUACAAUUAUUAGAAUUUUUAGCUCAAAGCCGCGAGAGAGAAGAGAAGCAACACUUGAAAUUUUCGUUUCGUUUUUAAUAUUUGUUCAAUAGUUUAACGAUAUUAAUAUGAAAUUCGCUAUGGAAAUGAUGAAAGUCAAAGUGACUGACAUUAGCUUUAACAUUGGAAUAAAAACACGGAAAAACAAAGAAUUCUAGAAUUAGCAAGGAAGGAAGAAGCACGCACAACUCUUGCGACAGAGAUCCAUUAUGAAACAACGCUGAAAACUAGUUUACGAUUCAUUGUACAAGUUCCUGCUGCAUUGUGAAAACUGCAAUGCCCUCUGACCAUCCACACGUAGGCCAUGUCUUGCCCCAUCCUCGUCCGCUCCAGCGCAAAACCCACACCCACAUUUCGGCCAUAAAGAGAGUUGUAAAUAUUAAAGAAUAGUUUAAUUUUAGUUGUAGUCCUUAAGCAAGAAUGGUUGAAUAAAUAAAAUCAAA